AUGUUUACAUCAACAAAUGAAUUAAUUUAUGCAGUGAAGGUUAGUGAACCGUCGAAUAAGGACUCAACAGGAGUUUAUCGAAAUCCUAAAUAUAAAAAUAAAUUAAUAGAAAAUUAUGAUGAGAAUCCUAUAAGUAAUAUGUGGGAUAUGUUUAAUGAGACAACGAAAAAGUUUAGGGAUAGAGAUUGUUUAGGUACACGAAUAAGAGUGAACAAUAAAUUGGGUCCAUAUAAAUGGAAAACAUAUGAAGAAGUAAGAGAAUUAAUUGUUAUAAUAGGAUCAGGAUUAAUAAAUACAAAUGCAUGCCCUGUAAUUAGAUGUGAUGAUUCUAGGGUAACUAGAGCAAGGUUUUUAGGUUUUUAUUUGCCUAAUUGUGAAGAAUGGAAUAUAUGCGAUUUAAGUUGUAGUGCAUUUAAUAUUGUAACGGUGCCAUUAUAUGAUUCUUUAGGUAUAGAAUCAAGUAGAUUUAUUUUAGAACAAACAUUAAUGCAAACAAUUCUGUGUAAUAAAACUUGUGUUUUAAAUUUAUUUAAAUCGUUAGAAACAUGUGAAAGAAUAUAUUUAAAAAAAAUAAUAUUAGUAGAAAGAGAAGUAGAUGAAGAGAUAAAAAAAGCAUGUGAAAAAUAUCAAUUAGAGAUAAUAACAUGGGAUUAUUUGUUAAAAGAAGGAAAUAAAAAAAUUUUAGAACCACGUCCAGGAAAUAUAAAUGAUGUGGCUACCAUUUGUUAUACAUCAGGUACAACAGGAUAUCCUAAGGGAGUUAUAAUGACAAAUAAGAAUUUUGUAGCUCAGGUAGUGUCCUCUAUUACAGGACCAUCAAAAUUGCCAAUAUUGGAAAUAAAUGAAAAGGAUACACAUAUAUCUUAUUUGCCUUUAGCUCAUAUAUAUGAAAGAAUUAUGAUUUUAGUAUAUUUUGCACAAGGUGUGAGGACUGGUUAUUAUUCUGGCAAUGUACAAACUUUAAUUGAAGAUAUACAAGAAUUGAAACCCACUUUAUUUAUUAGUGUACCAAGAUUGUACAAUCGAAUACAUGAAAGGAUAUUUAACUCUUUAAAAAAAAAAUCGUCCAUUGUUCAAUCCUUAUUUAAUAAAGGGGUAGAACAUAAGGUGAAGAAGUUAAAUUCUAAUGGUGUUCCUUUUCAUUUUUUAUGGGAUAAAUUAAUUUUUAAUAAAGCAAAAAAAAUUUUAGGAGGAAAUAUAAGAGCAAUGUUAAAUGGUUCUGCACCUAUAAGUGCAGAUGUGGUUAAAAAAUUGAAAUCUGUUUUUUGUGUUCCUAUAUUUGAAGGAUAUGGAAUGACAGAAACAUUAGGACCUGCUUUUAUAAGUCAUACAACAGAUAUCAAUGUAGGUCAUAUUGGUGGUCCUGUGCCAUGUGUUGAAUAUAAAGUUGUAUCAGUACCGGAAAUGAAUUAUCUUGUUACUGAUGACCCACCAAGGGGAGAAUUACAUUUAAGAGGACCUGCUAUUUGUAAUUUAGGUUAUUUCAAAUUAGAAAAAGAAACAAAUGAAUUAAUUGAUAAAGAUGGAUGGAUCAGAACAGGUGAUAUUGUAUCUUUUAGUGAAAAUUUUUCAGUUACAAUUAUUGAUAGGAAAAAAAAUAUUUUUAAAUUAUCCCAAGGUGAAUAUAUUGCUGUUGAAAAAAUUGAAUCUACAUAUAAACAGUCUUUGUUCAUUAGUCAGAUUUUUGUGUUUGGUUAUUCAUAUGAAUCUGUACUCAUUUGUAUUAUAUGCCCAUCUACGGAUACUAUGGAAAUUUGGAAGAAUAACAAGAAAUUAAAAAAAACUGAUGCCGAAAUUGUGCAAUUACCAGAAUUUAAAAAUGAUGUUCUUGAGGAUCUAAUUAGGAUUGGAAAAAAUGAUGGCCUUAAAGGAUAUGAACAAAUAAAAGAUAUUUAUUUUGCCUUAGAACCAUUCACUAUAGAGAACGAUCUACUUACACCGACAGGAAAGAUUAAGAGGCACGCCGUGCACAAGAAGUACAAGGCGGAGAUUGACCGCAUGUACGAACGACUCAAGCAGGGUUAG